GGCCGGCUACAUCCGCUACCUGGACGCCACCCAGUUUGCCGACGGCACAUGGGUCGGCAUUGAGCUGGACGAGCCAGUAGGCAAGAACAAUGGCACCGUGAAGGAGGUCCAGUACUUCGCCUGCAGCGCGAACCACGGGAUCUUCGUCCGCCCAGCCCAGGUGCAGACCGAGGCCCCGCCUGUGGUCGAGAAGAAGCCCGAGAAGAAGGCCAAGGCGCCAGCGCCCCCGGGCGCCGCCGACGCGGCCGCCAGCGCGGCUGCGGCGCCCGCGCCCUCGCCGAAAAGGACCUCGACGACGCCCAAGGUGGCGGCGCUGCCCCAGGCGGCCAGGGCGCCGGCCGCCGCCGACGCGGCGGCGAGUCCGGUGGGGACGCCCAGCCCCUCGGCGACGGUGAAGCGGACCUCGACGGCGUCCAGCUCCGGCGCGGCCAAGGCGGCCCCGGCGGCGGCGUCGCGGUCGUCGCCUGGGGCGGCCAGGGCGUCGGUCGCCACCAGCGCCACUGGGAGCCCCGCGGCGUCGCCCAAGGUGCGGACUUCGGUCUCGUCGAGAGGGCCGGCGGCGGGCGACGCGGCGAGGCCGUCGCGCAUCGCCGGCGCGGAGUCCCCCGCUUCAUCGCCGAAGAGGGUUUCAACGGCAAGACCCCAGGGGCCUUCGGCAGCAGGGGACGCAGCCAAGGCCGCCGCUGCCGACCCCUCGGAGGCGGCGCAGCCCGCGCAGUCCGCGCCUGAGGAGGCGGAGGCCGUGGCAGUGACCCCCGCGGAGACGGCGCCGCCCGCGCAGGCCUCGCCCGAGGAGGCCGCCACUGCCGCACCCUCGGAGCCCGCGCAGACCACGCCCGAGGAGGCGGAGGCCUUGGCGGGGCGCGAGGCGGAGGAGGCGGCGAACGCGGCGAAGGCCGAGGCGGAGGCGCAGGCUGCGAGGGACAUGCAGGCGCAGGCCCAGAAGCUGCGCGAGGCCGAGGUGGCGGCCGCCGCGAGGGCGGCGGAGGCCGCUGAGGCGGCCGCCGCUGCAAGGGCCCAGGACGAAAGGCGCGCGGCCCGCGAGGCGGCGGAGAGGGCGGUGCGCGCGGCGGCCGCCGAGCGGGAGGCGCGCGCGACGCGGGAGCAGGAGGAGCUCUCCGGAGAGAUCGAGGUGAUGCAGAAGGAGAUCUCGCAGCUCGCCGAGGUCGAAUUGCCCGCCCUGCUGGCGAGGAGGGAGUCGGUCGAAGACGAGGCCAAUCGUAUUCGCGCCAGCAUGCAGGAGGCCUCGGCCACGUCCGCCGCGGCCGUGGAGGAGGCGCGGCGGCAGUCGACCAUCGACGACCAGGCCGCCCGGGCCAGGCUGCAGGAAGAACUCUCCGACCUCGAGCGCCAGCGCAGGGAGCUGGAGAAGCAGGCCAACGAGCUCGAGCGGACGGCAUCGCUGCGGAGGUCGCUCAAGCCGAAGAGUCAGACCAGUCAGAACCCCUCCAUCACCACUCUGCGGGCGAAGCUCGAGGUGGAAGAGAAGCAGCGAGAGCUCUUGGAGCUGCAGCUGGAGGAGAUGAACAUCCAGCUCGAGGAGCUCAGGGACUACCUGAAGGAGCUGGACGACCCGACGCUGCUGGCACCAGACCUUCAGAAGCAGUGGCACCAGCAGGCCCUGCAGACGUUCUGCGAUAAUCGCCGGUUCGAGACCCUGAGGCUGCGAAAGCAGGUCGCAGACCUGGAAAAGAAGCAGCAGGAGACGCACAACAACAUGGUCAAAGGCAGCAACCCGUACCGCGUCAUCGAGACGCGGAUCGAGGCCAUCGAGGAGAAGAGCAGUGAGUUGUCCAAGGUCGCCGCGGAGAAGGAGAGGGUGUUGGAGGGGCACAAGGAGCUGCAGGAGCAGCAGGCGAUCGAGGCCGCCUCUCGCCAGGAGCUGGAGGCCCUUCUAAGGGACGAGCUCGAGCAGGAGGAGGAGCGGGAGCGCAAGCUGGAGGUGGCCGUGCGCAAGCUGUCCGGCGAGCGGGGUGAGCUGAAGGAGCGGCAGGCCGCGCAAUCCGCCGAGGUCGCCCGGCUGCAGAUCCGCCUCUCGACCCUGCAGACCAACCAUGGGGGUCGCCCUUCCACCGGGCGGGCCGGCGACGCCCUCGCCGCCUCGGAGACCGACGUGGCCCUUGCCGUCGGCGAGUGGAGAGCGGCCGCGGCGAGGGCGGAGGCCUGGGCCGUCUCCCUGCCACCGCAGCUCCGGGACGACGCCGAGCUCGGGGACAGCCAUGCGACGCUGUGCGGGCUGCACCGGAGCUUCCGCAAG